UUUAUUUUAACGACAUGUAUUUUUGAAAGAUUUUUGUCUUUGCGAAUUUUGCGUAGGUACUUAAACCUACCUAGUCUUUUGACACAGACGUCACUUUCUCGUCGGUCCAAAUAAAUAGGUAAAGAAUGAAGAAAUGAGCGGAUUUCAUAACCUAAAUAUAAAACCCAAUAAAGCCGCAGGACGCAGCUCCCAGCCAGUCUUGUCUUCUCUUUUCUUCAGUUCUCCCCUGUGCAGCAGCGUAACCUACUGCCUACUCUAAACGGCUGAGGACUCGGUCGAACCGACUCUACAUCAAAUUUUAUUCUACGCUUGUGGUCAUUAUUCUAGUUUUAUUCCCUUAGUUUUUCGUUUUAUUUACAGUCAAAUAAGUCGGCUCCAUGAUUUAAAAUAACUACCUACCUGUAGAUUAAAUAAUUUCCAAAUAGAGAUUUAGGUCCAUUAUUUCUAAAACUAUGCCAGAAUAGGACUGACUAACUUUAAUUAGAUAUUUAAUUCUCAAAAGUACGGUAGAUACAUACUGUACUUUACUUACUACAAAAUAAAAUUUGCAGUCCUUUAGUGUGGCGACUAACCAUAAUUGAAUUUACUAUGUCUUGGUCCAUUUUUUAUACAACCUUUUAUUUGUUAUUUAUUUGUGAUAUAGUUUUAAGUAAAAAACUGUUGCAUAAAUUUAAUGCCCAAAAACUAAAUGAAUGUAAUCGUUGUAAAAUAUUAUCUGAUUCUUUUAAUUUUUGGAUAGAAAAGACUUCUCGUGGAAAAUAUGAAGGUGGUGAUGUAGCCUGGGAAGAAGCAAAAUUAAAGACCUAUGCUCGCAGUGAGAUACGCCUUGUGGAAGUGCAAGAAGGUCUUUGUUCAGAAUUAAAAAGUCAUCAAGAUGAUUGCUAUGUAUUAGCUGAGGAAGCUGAGCAGGUAUUAGAGAAGUGGUGGUUUGAUGAUGGCCCAAAAUCAGCAGACUUGUAUAGUUGGUUAUGUAUAGAUACACUGCAAUAUUGUUGCCCAAAAAAUCACUAUGGUGAAUCAUGUCUACCAUGUCCGAAUGGUAAGAAUAAUGAGGUGUGCAGUGGCCAUGGUUCAUGUAAUGAGAGUAGAAAAGGUGAUGGUAAAUGUAAAUGCAAAAAAGGGUAUGAUGGAACAUCCUGUGAUGUUUGUGCUAAGAAUUUUUAUCUUAAUAAAGACAUAUGUCAGCCUUGCCACAAAGCCUGCAACGGGUGCUCUGGUGACGGUGCUAAUAUGUGCAAUGAAUGCAAACUUGGUUGGUCAUUAGAGCUAGGUGAAUGUGUGGAUAUUGACGAGUGUGUAGAUACAACUAUAUGUAAACCAGAUGAAUACUGUUCAAACAAUGAGGGAUCUUAUGUGUGUUAUCCAUGUGAUAAAUCUUGUAAAACUUGUUUGGGAGGCGGAGUAUCAAACUGCACAUCAUGUGUAUCAGACCAUGUAUUAUGGAGUGGAUUUUGUAUGGAUGAUAAAUUAAAAAGUGAUUUGUUUAGAAACACACUUAAAAAGUUAGCAUUGUAUUGUGGAUUACUUGUUAUUGCAUUCUUUAUUUUUAGGAAUACAAAGACAUUGGCGUCAGUAGUAAUAUUAAUUAUUUCUAUAUUUAUUUUUAUAUCAGAAAAAUCAUCAGACAUAAACACAGUAGAUGUUAUAUCAAAUUUAUAUUUAAAGUAACUUUGUACCAAAUUAUCUUUAAUUAAAAUUUUUCUCUAACA